AUGAUUCCAUGGGUACUCCCGCUGAUGUGCCGGGCUGCAUGGUGCAUAUGCAGGAGGUCAAGUCCUGUGAAACAGGUCAAGGAUGCUAUCUAUUAUACGCUUGAAUCGGCGCGCGCGAAAUACCAGACGAGUGGGGGCCCAGUUGGCUGGAUUCGAAAGGUUCGAAGAAAGGCCGCCGAUAACAUCACUCCUGGAGCUGAAGCGACAAAGAUCGCUUCAAAAUUUGUUCCUCAGGAUACAAUCGCGACUCCAGUCGUAGGCGCCGUAGAGGUCAUACUUGACGCUGUCAAGACUGCUUCAAAGGUGCGAAACCAGGUUCUUGAAGGCUUCGACGGGGUUGUUCCACUCUUUUCCGACGCAGAGCUCUUCCUCAGCACGUUCCAAGGUGAUGCGAACAUUCGGAACGCAUCUAUUGAAUUGAUUGCCGCGACAAUAGAGGCUGUGGAACGAGCCAUAGGUUUCUUCAUCAGCAAUGAGUUCCUACGAGGCGGCAAAGCCUUCCUCAGUGGUGGGGACUACGGAGGGAGCUUACUCAACAGUCUCAACAUGAUUGAGAUGAAGGCCAGGGAUCUUAUGGAGCAAGCAGAUAAAUCCCAUAUGUACCAGUUCCACAUGUAUUCUCAAGAGACGAAAAGGAUUCUUAAGCAACUUGACUACAAGGCCGACAUCUUGGUCACUGGAAUCAACACGAUAGAGCAGUUACUGGGAGACCAUCUGCAGCAGAGAGACCGCGAGCUGGAAAUUGCCCGACAGGAAAACAAUCGUCUUAAAGCCGAGAACGUGAUACUGCGCUCUACAUCGCCAAUGCAGCAAAGCAUGUGGGCUCCUCCGCCGCAGUCAGCCCAAGCACCAGCCCUGGGUUGGUACAUCAACCAAGAUACACUGCGAAACAUGAUUGACACCUUUGACCUCGACUUCUUCGACAUCGCCUUCGUCACUGAUAAAAAAGAGCAGCUUUCCGCAAAACAUAGAGCACGAGCUGAGCAAAUCAUCCACACACCGCUCUUCGAGAACUGGAUUGUAUCUGCCUCGUCGUCGAAGCUUUUGGUCCACUGGGACUCGCACCUUCCGAGAACGAUUGCUGACAUCUCGCCACUAUCUGUUUUCUGCAUCACUCUAGCGCAGUCUCUACGAAGCAAAGACCGAUUCAUGUCCGCACUGUGGUUCUGUGGAUGCCAUAUUGACGAGAGCGAGCCUGGAGCUCGUACUGGUGGGCAUGCUAUGAUUUUUGAACCUUUGUGCAAUGACAUUGACCUUGCGAGCCUUCAAGAGGGUGGGCUUGAGGUGCAUAUUGAGCUACUCAGCUGGCUGGUACGACAGUUACCGCCCCAGAUAACGCUGUUCAUCAUUGUUGAUGGCGCAGUUUUAUUCGAAAGGGAGCAAUUUGAAGAUGAGGCAUUGAAGGUGUUUGCCAGCUUGCUUAGACUCGUUGUUGAUACCAGUGUGAUGGCUUCCAUCAAGGUGCUAUUUACCAGUACACCCGGCACGCACAUCGUACGAACACCUUUUGAGCCAGAAGAUCUGAUCCUGAAUGUAGAUAACUUGCCACGGCCGGCAAUAGGGAGCGAGGAACGCAUGGUAAGAGAGCUUCAAGGCGAGCUUGGAGACGAUGGGAACUGUGAUGAGUGGAGAUGA